GAGCCUUUGUUAGCAGAGAACUAAUUAAGUCAAUCAAAAAUUAGGUUGUCCGUACUGAGAAGGAAGUAAAGAGAGAAGGAAAGAAGAAAUGACUCUGGGACUGAUAAACGCGAAUCCAGUUGUGCAGGCUAAGAAGGAGCGGCUUACUCGUACACGAGAUCAAUACAGAGAUGAUGGGGUUGAUCCUCUCGAAAUAUAUGAGUAUGUAAGAGAUAUAAGAGAUCCAGAACAUCCUUAUACCUUGGAGCAGCUAAGUGUUCUGUCCGAAGAUUCCAUCACUGUCGAUGACAAGCUCGAUCGCAUCCUGAUAACGUUUACACCGACGAUCCAGCAUUGCAGUAUGGCAAAUGUAAUUGGUCUGUGUUUGAGAGCUAAGCUUAAAGAAUGUUUGCCACUUCAUUAUAAGGUUGAUAUCAGAGUCUCUCCUGGUUCUCACGCCGAUGAAGAUUCAGUUAAUAAACAGCUGAAUGAUAAAGAAAGAGUGAUAGCUGCAUUGGAGAAUCCUAAUCUUCGUCAGCUCGUGGAUGAGUGUAUCUUCUCCAAUGAGAUGUAAACAGAGCUUUGAUUUCAACUCUCUUGUACAAAUUUAUAUAUUCGGAAUUACAUUAUAUGCCUUAGAGACCGCUCUUGUCUUCUUUUUUAUUGCUAAUGUCACAACACACAUUUUGCGAUGCUAGACUGUUUGUAUCUAAUGAUUUUAAUCCGUAGUAAU